GGCCGGGACGCGGGGCGCAGAGUGCGCGGCCGGGAUGCGGUGCGGGAAGAUGGCGGCGGCGCCGCCACCAGCGGCAGCAGCGGGGGCAGCGGCGGCGGCCGGGUCGGCGGGCGGCUGGGGCGGCGUGCGGCGGCGCUGCCAGCGGCUGCUCUACUGGGUGCCCGUGCUCUUCAUCUCCAGCAUCCUGUGCUGGUCCUACUACGCCUAUGUCACCCAGCUCUGCCUGCUAACAAUGACAAACAUUGGAGAAAAAGUUGUGUGCCUGGUUGCUUACCACAUAUUUUUCAUGCUGUUCGUCUGGUCAUAUUGGAAAACAAUCUUUACGCUACCAAUGAAUCCUUCAAAAGAAUUUCAUCUAUCAUACUCAGACAAGGAAUCUCUAGAGAGGGAGCCUAGAGGUGAAUCCCAGCAAGAAGUCUUACGACGGGCAGCCAAGGAUCUUCCUAUCUAUACAAGGACAAUGUCUGGAGCAAUCAGAUACUGUGACAGAUGCCAUCUUGUAAAACCAGAUCGUUGCCAUCACUGCUCUGUGUGUGACAAAUGCAUUCUGAAAAUGGAUCAUCAUUGCCCUUGGGUGAACAACUGUGUAGGAUUCUCCAACUACAAAUUUUUUCUUCUCUUCUUGGCUUACUCUCUACUGUAUUGCCUUUUCAUUGCUGCAACAGAUUUACAGUAUUUUAUCAAGUUUUGGACAAAUGGCCUUCCUGAUACUCAAGCCAAGUUCCACAUCAUGUUUUUAUUUUUUGCUGCCGCUAUGUUUUCUGUCAGUCUGUCUUCUCUCUUUGGGUACCACUGUUGGCUCGUCAGUAAGAACAAGUCAACAUUAGAGGUAUUUAGAGCGCCCAUAUUUCGUCACAGAACGGACAAGAAUGGUUUUAGCUUGGGCUUCAGCAAGAACCUAAGGCAGGUGUUUGGUGAUGAGAAGAAAUACUGGCUGCUGCCUGUGUUUUCAAGUCUAGGGGAUGGUUGUUCCUUCCCAACUUGCCUUGUUAAUCAGGAUCCUGAGCAAGCCUCCACACCUGGUGGUCUUAAUUCAACCUCCAAAAACGAGAGUCACCUGUUCCCUGCCAAGCCACUGCGCGAUUCCCAGAGCCACCUCCUCACUGACACGCAGUCUUGGUCAGACAUCAGUGCAAAGGCUGAAAAGGGCAAAAUCGGUAUGAGCAAUCCUGCAUUAACCAUGGAAAAUGAAACCUAACUUCCCUUAAAAGAAACUUCUGAAUGCUUUAGGAAAGUUCAAGAAAAAGCUGUUGGUGGAAGGAAGAUGGGUUCUUCCAAAAAUCAGCCCUAUCAGCCAGCUGCUCCUGUCUGCUCCUGUGUGGAUGUGCUCAGAAAACAAACUGACAGAUGAUAGCUGUCUCCAUGUCACUGCUUGAAACAUGAAACAAAACAUACAACUUUUGAACCACAUAAAGAAUGUUUCAACUUAGGAUUACUGGUUUUGAAUGGUGAAGGGUGAUUCUGAGUAUUAUGGGGAAAAAAAAGUCUGAGUUUACUAUUGUAAAAAUUCUGUGGCUGGUUUUACUUUGAUAUUCAGCACAAGAAAAAUGUGACCUCCUUACUUAUCAGCCCAGGUUCUCACCUUGGUUUUGAAAGUUCACCUGUGAUUUCAAACUGCUGUAAGUAUUUGACUUACUUCAAAAAUCAAAUGUUUGCACUGCUGGCUAUAUGACGUGAGAAAACAGGGGUGAUUAUGGACAAUUCAGUGGCUUGGUGGACUGUGUUUUCUUUUGAGCGCUUGAUAAGCAAGUUAUUUCUUUUUUUUGAAGAUAAGGCAACCCUAGUGAAGUGUCAGACUAUUUUUGGAUCACUUUUGGAAAACACUAUUGUGAAGGCUUUCAAUAGCUGUGGAGGGCGAGGGGGAAACCUCCUUUGUUAAUUAAAUACUACAGCGAGUCCCUGGUAAAUCAGUGAUUAAAAAGUCCACAUUCGGAUGGCUAAUACAAAAGUAAAGCUGGUAGCUGGGGAUUGUGAUGAAAGCUGCACAGAACGAUCCUAUGAAAUUGGGGAUUUUAUUCUCCCAUUUGGAGCCUUUAUCCCCUAAGGAAAAGGAAGGCUGGCACUUCACUUUGAAGUGAAAAAAGGUGCUUUUUUUAAAAAAAAAAAUCAACCUGUGUUCUUGAUUGAUGGCCACUGUCUUUCAAAAUCCUAGUUUUUUAUUACUCAAUAGUUAUCUCAACUUUUUUCACUUCUUUAAGACACUGAAUUUCUCACUGCAUAAAUUAACGAGUAUCACAUCCAAACAAGGAGACACUGUUAUAACUUACGAUACUUGCAGUUACAGGACAAAGGACACUUGAUUGUAAUACCAAAAAGCCAAACUGCUGCAUAUAGGAAGUUCCCUUCUGUUAAGUUAGGAGACAGCAGGUUUUUCUAGGAUUGAAGUUUGCCAGCCUGAUGAUAAAAGAUGUGUUAUAAAUUGCAAAGUCAAGGAAGUUUCAGCAACACAAAUCUAUUUGUCUUGUGCCUUUUGUAUGCACUAAACUUACGGUAUCAGUGUUUACAUUUAAAUGCAAAGUAAUUGUUUUUCUGAAAAUAACAAGAAGGAUCUUAGCUAUGCUUUCUAGGUGGCUAGGUAAAACAACUAGUCAAAAGAAACCCCAACAACCUGAAAACCUG